AGUCAGACGCAAGCAUGGCGCUGUUGUGAUCAUUUGUGGUUAGGUUAUCGACUUCGAGGUUGUCUUUUCUAGGUAGUUUCAAUUAAUUGUUUUGUUUUUAAAUCGAUACGCCAUAAAUAAGUCCUCAUCAUGCCCUCGGCCUGUGAAUCUUUGAUUGAAGAUAUUGAGGACAUGGUUUCCUCUAAUGACCCAACACCUCAGGAGAGACAGUCAGCCCGUAAGAGCAUCAUACCAAGGUCCCGAAAGAAGAGAGAGCCACUGAUCAAUGAAGAGAUUCAAGCAGACAGUUUAAUACCUGGCACUCAAAAGAUAUGGAUGAAAACUUGGGGUUGCAGCCACAACAAUUCAGAUGGAGAAUACAUGGCUGGACAGCUAGCUGCCAGUGGAUACAAAAUGACAGAUGAUCCAGCAGAUGCAGACUUGUGGGUGCUCAACAGUUGUACAGUGAAAAAUCCAGCAGAGGAUCACUUCAGAAACUCCAUCAAAAAGGCCCAAGAACAACAAAAGAAGGUGGUGGUGGCAGGUUGUGUACCCCAAGCUCAGCCAAGAAUGGACUACCUCAAGGGACUCAGCAUCAUAGGGGUCCAGCAGAUUGAUCGAGUGGUGGAAGUCGUAGACGAGGCUGUUAAAGGACAUUCAGUUCGUCUGCUGGGCCAGAAAAAAGAUGGAGGGCGAAGACUGGGAGGGGCCAGACUAGACCUGCCCAAGAUCAGGAAAAACCCUCUCAUUGAAAUAAUCUCCAUUAAUACAGGAUGUCUGAAUGCGUGCACUUAUUGUAAGACGAAACAUGCCAGAGGAGACCUAGCCAGCUACCCCAUAGAAGAGCUGGUAGAGAGGGCAAGGCAGUCAUUUCAGGAGGGCGUGUGUGAAAUUUGGCUGACCAGUGAAGACACAGGAGCGUAUGGCAGGGACAUUGGCACAGAUCUGCCCACUCUGCUCUGGAGAUUGGUGGAGGAGAUCCCCGAAGGAGCCAUGCUGCGACUGGGCAUGACCAACCCUCCGUACAUACUGGAACACUUAGAGGAAAUGGCGAAGAUCCUGAGUCACCCGCGUGUGUAUGCGUUCCUCCAUGUGCCUGUGCAGUCGGCCUCAGACAGUGUUCUGAUGGACAUGAAGAGAGAGUACUGCGUUGACGACUUCAGGAAAGUGGUGGACUUCCUCAAAGAAAGAGUUCCAGGUGUAACCAUUGCCACUGAUAUCAUCUGCGGUUUCCCCGGAGAGACUGAGGAGGACUUUCAGGAAACUAUGGAGCUGGUGAAGCACUACAAGUUCCCCAGCCUCUUCAUCAACCAGUUCUACCCUCGACCUGGGACACCUGCCGCUAAAAUGGAGCAAGUGCCUGCACAUGUGAAAAAACAGCGGACAAAAGAGCUAUCUCAACUGUUCCACUCAUACAACCCUUAUGACCACAAGGUUGGUGAGAGGCAACAUGUGCUGGUGACAGAGGAGUCAUUUGAUGCCCAGUUCUAUGUUGCGCACAACAAAUACUACGAGCAGGUGCUGGUGCCCAAAAGGUCAGAGUUCAAAGGGAAGAUGAUUGAGGUGGACAUUUACGAAGCAGGAAAACACUUUCUGAAAGGCCGUCCGGUCGAGGACAGCAAACCUUUCACUCCGUCCAUCGUGGAGCCACUUCAGAAGGGACAAGUCUCUGGUCUCUCACAGGAGCAGAUGGCCAAUGGCGUCCACAGUCCCGCUGCUAUGUCUUCGUCCUCCUCUGCUGGUGUCUCCGUCUCGCUGUUUGGCUGUUACAGUGUUGAUCGGGACGCACUGACGAAGCUGGGAAUUGGCCUUGCGCUGGCAGGCGCCAUUUUGGCCUUCAUUGUGGAGAAACUGUACUGAUGAAUAACUGUGAACAAGAGGAGGAUUUGACACCACAGAGAGCACACUGACAUCAAAGAAGUGUUGGCACAGGCCCGAUACAAUGGAGCCGGGUUUUCAUCUAUUCCUUGUAGGAUUCAGAGGGAUUUUUCAGAACAUUUCAAGACACAAACCAAACAGUUGAUGGUUAUGUGAUUGUAAUUUUUUUUUUUUUUUUUUUUUGGUGUCAGAUUUUUUAUUUUGAAAAGAUAAUGUAUCUUUUUUUUCCUCUAACAACAUUGUCAUCACCACAGUUUUGUCCUGCUGCCCUGUCUUUCAUACAUGUUUACUAUGUAACAUUUCUAGUGGGGGUGGGUCUGCCACCAUGGAGAUUUUAUUGCUUUGGCUUGAAUAUUCCACAGUAAAGGAAUAAUAUUAAAUUAUAGUUGUUAUCUUUGUAUUGCUAAUAUUCUUUGAGCUUUGAGCAGGUUCACUUUUCUACAGCUCUGCCUUGUAAUUUGGCCUGGUGUUGUCUGUUAAGUUUAAUGCUGUACUGUGGAACAUUCCAGGCAGAGCAAUAAUAUCUCAGCACUUGUUGACCCAGAAAAGUUACAUAGUACACAUUUAACUUUCAAGUUUUCAGUUAGUUUUUUCAUAUGGUUAACACUUUAUUCAUACACUUCUGUUUCAUCAACCUUUGUAAAAAAGAAAUAACCUACCUUUUCAGGUAAUCAUAUUUUUCAAAGUACAGAUUUGUAUAAUGCUUUCUAGAAGGUUAUUUGAUACCUUAAUUUUAAAGUAUUUAUUUUUGAAAAGGAGCAUUGACGGUAUAUAUUUUAUGAAGUUUUAUUCUGUUAUUAUGUAUGAUAGAACGAGUGUUACUUCAGUGAAGGAGGAUAACAGAUACUCAAGUUUUUUUCAUAAAAGCUUUGCCACUACCAACCCAAAUGUUAAAUAAAUGAGCGAAAGUCUCAAGUGUUUCAA